AUGGCUACCACCUCCAACAGUACUCCUCCAACUCUCCCAACCCUCCCCUCCGAACUCCUCCUCCAUAUCCUCUCUUUCCUCGACAUCCCCGACCUCCUAACCUUAACCCGCACCUCUCACCCCCUCCGUUCUCUCUCCCUCGACCCGCUCCUACACACCACACGCCUCCACCGCGCCUCCAUCUCUCUCUCUCACUCCCUCCCGCUUCGCCCAUCUCUGGCAGAUCUCAUGGCGCAUCGUAUCUAUAUCACACGUACUACGCUUGCAGCAAGAUCGCUAGGUAGGAAUCUCAUCAGGAUUAAAUUGAAUAGACAGCUUUUGAAACGGCCGAGCGCGGAGGAGUUGGUUAGGAUGGGGGUUCUGCCAGGGGAGUGUUGGGUGGGAAGUAGUGGGAAGAGAGGAGGUGGGUAUAUGUAUAGUGGGCUGGCGCCUGCGCUGGUGGAGGUUAAGAGAAGGGUGGAGAGGGAGAGGGUUAAAGAUCGACUGAGGGGGUGGGUCGAGGAGUGGGGGAGGAGGGGGUCUGAGGUUGUGGAGAAGAGGGGUUUGGAGGAGGAGCAGAAGCCAGAUGUUAAUGUUAUGAGGAUGGCGAGGAGGUUUGGGAGGGGUGAGAGGGAGAUGAGGGAGUGGGAGAGGCCGAGGUGGGGGGCGCUGAGGAGGGAGGAUAGGAAGGAGAGGGAAGCGCCGACUAGAGCGAAGGUGUUGGGGCUGAGGAGGUUUUGGGAGAGAGUUGGACGGGAGGGAGGGGUGCCACUGCAGAGGUUGUGA